AUGGUCUCGGUUGGAACUGAGAACAAGGAUGCGUAUGCGAUCGAGUCCUUUGUCCAGGACCUAAACGCGUAUGCUACCUCGGUAGCUGCACGAACAUUGACCAUGCCACAAGUCGGUAUCCUGGCCGUGGUCACUGACUUUGUCGGCGCUGUGGCCCUUGGCAGCCGUGUCACGGGUACCAUUAAGAACAAUAUCAUCGAUCUCAGCCGCUUCACAAGAACACCUUCGGUCCUGAUUCUCGUCAUGGCCUGCGCCGAGUUUGGUAACGCUUUCUGGUUGCUCAUCGUAACGAGGCUAGGUUUCCCCAUUCCCACCACGCAAACUGUCGUAGGUGCCCUCGUCGGCGCUGGCAUCGCAUCCCAGGCCCGAGUGUCUUGGGACUAG